AGAUGCGCGCUUUGACGCUGCUAUUCUUCUUGGUCCUCCUCAUUUGCUUCACAUCGGCCGCAUUGAAUAAACGAGGUGCUGGCCCAUGGUUUAUGCGCCCCUCAUGGAAACCUAUAAAGAGGGAGUACGAUCUACCCUUCUAUGCAAGUCGAUUCACGCAAUCUGGAGAUUUUGACAGUCUUCUUUGAUGAGCAUUUUAUGGCGAUGGAGGAGAGGACAGGAGACUAUUUAUUUGUGCAUUUGUAUUCUGUCAAGUUUUCGCAUUCUUUUCUUUGUUUCAACUGUUUUGAUAUCGCCAUUUUGAGCGCAGAUCUCAUUUCAAAGAUUUUUCCAAAACAAGAGUUCGUG